AUGUCGGCAAUACUGAAUGCCAGUGUUGAUAGCAAUACGAAUAUUGAGUAUCAGACAAUCUCUUCGACUCAAAGUCAGAUUUCCGAGGAACAAUCAGAGCGUCUACAUGAUCGCAUUUCCAAAGAGCAAUUAGAAAAGCUACAUGAAGCCUUUAAAGCGUAUCCCGACCAACAGUUGGGCGUCGAAGAGUUGCGGGAAGUCCUCGAAGAAGUUGAUAUUGUCUUCAACGAUGCAGUCUAUACACGCUUAUUUCUUAAAAUCAAUCAGAAUCACGAUUUCCGUGUGGAUUGGAAUGAGUUUGUCUCAUAUUUGAUAUUUGGUUUUCAAGAAGAGGAUCCUAGCAGCCAAAAAGAAUCUCUUAUAUUGCCCAUUUCAGUACCGCCAGUGGUUAGAAAAUCUGAACAUCGUUCAGCAGUUUGCUGUUUGGCUUUGCUAAAAGUUAAAUCAGAUCAAGCACCGCUCGAAGAGGUGGCCGAAACGUCAAACUUCUCCUUCGGUGGUGAAGAUUCACCAGAGGCAUCUGGCAUGUGGGUUACAGCCAGUCAUGAAGGAAUGAUGAAAUUUUGGAGCUCACAUAUGGAACCCAUUAGAACAGCUAGUUCUGAGAGCAUCCAUUUAAAGAUGCCUACAUGGAUAUUGGCCGUGCAGGCUCUUUCAGAUGUAAGCGUGGUUUGUACCUCAUCCACCGAACGCGAAUUAAGGUUUCAUGAGACAAUCGCUUCCACGUUUUCCUUGCGUAUGGUCAUACGCAGUCUUCCACAUGCUGUCUAUGUCAUGAGCUAUGCCUUCUACAACAAUGGCAAAGUACACUCAAAAUUAAUAUUAGGUGAUUAUGGUGGAAAUGUCCGAAUACUGUCCUAUUCGCCGCAUUUGAGGGGACCCUUUCAGGCCAAACCGGGGGCGGCUUUAAUUGAAGUCGUCUGGUCGGACGUGCUAAAGGGCAAGAUUCCCCUGUUGAUACCCAAAGAGUAUAUUAAUUUGCAUAGCGAAUUGAUUAGCUGUGUGUACUAUUCGCUUCAUAUGAAUGCUCUUUUCGCAUCGGCCGAGUAUCGGAAUACCAAAAAAUAUCGUGGUCGGUGUCCUGGCAUAAUAAUGGUCAGCUAUGGAGAUAAGAGCAAUUUUCGUAUACCAUUGGGUGUAACCACUUUCUUUGUCGCCGAGAGUCAUAAUAUUGUGGUAACCGGCGGACCGGAUACCUUUGUGCGGAUUUGGGAUGUUUACAUACCCACAGAACCGUCAGCGAUACUGACUGGCCAUAACGGCGGAAUUGUGAUGGUUUUUGUCCAACCAGAGGAAAAUAAAGUUUAUAGUGUGGACUAUCAGAAAAUAAUCAAAGUUUGGAACUUGCAAGAGCACACUCUGCUCCAAACCUAUGGGGAUCUUGUCCGUCUGAUUCAUCACACUGAAACUGAUUUAACGUAUUACUAUCACUCGCAUUUACGUGAGCUUAUCGUCGCUGGUCGCAAGUUAAUCUCGAUCAAGUGUUGCCCUCGGGUACGGGUCGAUCUGACCGAUGGCAAUACACAUGCUGCCCCCGUAUCGGUGGUUCUCUACAAUCGACUCUUUAGGAAUAUUGUGACUUGCGGGUUGGACAGUUAUAUUAUAGUUUGGGAUCCUUGGACUGGUCGGCGUAAAAUAAUCAUGAAGAGCUGUCAUACUAAAAUGAUUUAUGGUGAAACGAUUGACAUUGAGAUAACUGCCGCGUGUUUCGAUCCUCUCGAGCAAUUCCUGUUGACAGGUGCUCGAGAUGGCUCCCUUAAGAUUUGGAAUUAUAAUAAUGCUGUAGUCAUAAGAAAUAUGAGCAUUCAGCCAGAUCAAGAAGUCACUGCUGUAAUUUGGGUAGUGGAACGUAUUCUAGCCAUGGGAUGGGAUCGUCAAGUUACGGAAUUUAACGAUGUCGAGGGUCGCGAAUAUGGUGAUCCUAAAAAAUGGCCUAAAUUUCACACAGAUGACAUAACAUGUGGUGAUGUAAAGCUGGGUGAGGGCGUAGUCACCGCUACUUAUUCCGGAGAGAUCAUUUUCUGGAAAUUGGAAACGGGCCAACCUUACCGUAGAUACAGUGUUAUGGAGCCCAAACGUUUCAUCGAGUUAAAAUUAUCGGAUGAGGAAAAGCAAAUGAAGCGUAGCAAGCGAUGGGCCUCUCGAGCUCCUCAUAGUGGCUCACACAUGAUGUCCCACACUGGAUCUCAUAUGGGAAGUAAUGUGGAUCAGAUGUCCGGAAGUCGGAGCCGCGGACUGGCUAUUUUGCAGGGACAAGAGGAGAUACGCGAAUAUGGCGUCAAUGUACCUAUUUCGGUUCAGGCUGUUCUCUUUCUACAGAACCGUCCACAAACUUUGCAUCAUGGGAGCGUCUUUAUCUCGUUGGACACUGGUAUCAUUCAAGUCUAUUCACACCAUCAACGUGGAGGAUAUAUGAACGAAUUCCUUGCGGUUCAUAAAACUGGCGAUUGCGUCCUUACAAUGGCUACAGAUCGUAAAAAUCGUUUUCUAUUUACGGGUACAGCAUUUGGUUAUAUCAAAGUCUGGUAUAUUGUCAAUUAUUGUAUACCCGAAGCGGAGAAGAUACACGUUUGCAUGCCUCGUCUACGCCUGGACUUUAUUUUUCUGAGAAAGGAAACUUUUUUAACCCGCGCCAAACGAGUAGUUCGUAAUCAGGCAGAGCCAUUGCUAGUGAGCUCCUAUAAGGGACAUCUAAAAGCGAUUAAUUCUAUAUCCUUUAUUAAUUUACCCAAAAUUAUAAUUACUGGAAGCCACGACUAUUCCUGUCGGUUGUGGACACAAGGUGGUCGGUAUUUAGGCACAUUGGGAAGUGUCUUACCCUGGACUAAACUAUCGCCAUUUGAACGUGCCGGCGACGAUACCCACGUUUACAGGCUUCCACCUGACAUUAAAAAGGUUGCCAGUUCCACCACAUUAAAGGUAAUCUCUGGCUUACAAGUAGAUCGACCCAUGAAGCGCCCUGAUAAGGCCAAGACUGAAGAAAAGGAGGAAGAUACAGCCCAAGCUUUAGAGACCAAUGACCUAAAAAAACUGUUUGAUAGACCUCUCAAAGAUCCGAUCUUGGGCAAGCAUUUCCAGCUUCCGGGUCGCAGUGCCUUGGAUCAACGCAUUGACCUUGAUACCACUCAAAGCUAUAUACCAGUCUAUACAAAUCUUAAGGUACAUCCAUCUGAAGAAUUGGAACGAUUGCCCACACCAGCUGUGAUUAGUCGCGUCCAAGCUGAAAAUUAUUUGCAUCAAUACUUACCUGUCGAGGGCAAAGUGGACUUAAAUGACUCAGCAUUAAAUAUUAAAUUACCAUCAAGACGCCGUUCAGACAGGACAAAUGAUCCCCGUAAUAUGCGUACGGCCAAAACACGGGGCGAUAUGGGUUUGGGUCAUCGUUCCAGUCAUACUUCGCAAAAUUGAACAAUCCAAUCACGCCAAACACUUGCAAAACAUAUGUAUAUAUAUUUGGGUUUAAUUAAAAUGGUAUUUUAAUGCUGAA